AUGGCCACCGUGACAAGGAUCGGCAAUGAUGCCACCAAUUUCUGGGAUUAUGAUACCGACAACGAUCUAAUCGAUCUCUCCCGAGCUUCGAGCUCGAAUAACCUGAUCACGCUCCAGACAUCCACCAGCACGCUUUGUUUGAACCCAGAGAAGACUGCCCUAUUAAUUGUGGACAUGCAGAAUUUCUUCUUAUCUCCAGCUGUCCGGCCUCGAUCUGUCAAACAAGAGCCUACCGCAGCAGAAGCAGCCGCGCAAGCGCUCCUCGAUAUGGGGAUUCCGGCUGCGCGAGCACAUGGCAUACAGAUCGUCUGGCUAUCCUGGGGUCUGACAGAAUGCGAUUUGAAUACCAUGCCACCUGCGGUUAUGAGAACAUUUGGGAACUAUACUGCCGCAUCUUCCACAGUCAAACAGGGUGACCUUGAGAAGCCUAUCCCUACAGUACCGAACAUGAUUCGAACAAAGAAUCCUGCACUUUACAGAGGCCUUGGGACUGAACUCGGCACGGUUGAUUUGGGAGAUAACCAGACUGUACAAGGUGGACGAGUAUUGAUGCGCGGAUCCUGGAAUGCCGGUCUUUAUGAACCCCUGGAAAGAGCAUAUCAGGCUGGUAGUCAGCAAACUAGUACCCUGCAAGGGUCCAAAUCGGACGUGUUGAUUUACAAGAACCGAACCUCAGGGCUUUGUAUUCCAGGCUCAGACUUGGAGAAGUUUUUAGAACGAGAAGGUAUCACAACACUUCUCUUCGGAGGGGUGAAUACCGAUCAGUGUGUCGGUGGUACAUUGAUGGAUGCCUUUAGUAAAGGAUACGAUUGCAUUCUGCUCCGUGAUGCAGCCACAACUGGAACACCAUUUGGAGCAAAUGAGGUCUGGGAAUGGAAUAUAACCAACUGCUGGGGGUUUGUCACAACCUGUGAAGCGUUGCAAAAUGCUUCAACUGCAGCCGACAAUCGCAAUAGAUUUUAG